GAGUACAAUAAAAGUUAGUAAAAAGAGGAAAAAAUAAUGAAGAUUCCAAAAACGGCGUCAUUCAAGGGAUAAUAUACAGAAAUAGCAAAUGAAAUAUCUCAUAUAGAGUUGCAUAUAAAUGGCCGUUUAGAACUUGCACUCUAUCCUUCUUCAUCAGCAGCUUCAACGCUCAUUCCACUCCUUGCCCUCUCUACAUUUUCCCCACAAAUAAAGGAAGAUCAUUGUAUAUUCAUGUAAGUCUCUCUUCAUUUAUGUUUUAGAUGUUUUAGAUGGUUAUGUGGUUCUUUCUCUUCAUUCUUCUGUUUGAAAAUCUACUAUCAGUCAGAUUAUUCGGAUGAUCGAGUUUUAGACUAUAACUAGUAAAUCAAACAACCAAUAAAUAGAAUUGAAGGGAAUGAAAUAAAAUGAAUGAAAUGUAGUGGAAAAAUGGUCGGAUGAAAUAAAAUUAUUCUUAUGGAAUGAAAUAAAAUUAUUCAGAUGAUCGAGUUUUAUAUUACAUUCCAUUCAUCUUAUUAAAUUCCUCUUCUGUUUUGUUUUAAUUGAUAAUUUAAAUCAUUAACAACUUAUCCACAACAUUCAGGAGUGAUUUCUUUUUUAAGUUGAUAGUUAAGAGAUCCCACACAUGUUUCAUUCUACCUGAUUCAUAUAAGUCGAUCUUAUAACGCCCAAAAAUGCUACUAAAAGUUACUAAUAUUAAUCCUGUGAUGAAAUUACAGAGGUGAAUAAGAAUGCCAGGGGAUCAGUUACAAGUGUUGAAUGCACUUGAUGUAGCCAAGACGCAAUGGUACCAUUUCACGGCGAUUGUAAUCGCCGGAAUGGGAUUCUUCACCGACGCUUACGAUCUCUUUUGCAUCUCUCUCGUUACAAAGCUCCUGGGCCGCAUUUACUACCACGUUCCAGGCUCCAAGGUGCCUGGGACUCUCCCUCCCAACGUUUCCGCCGCCGUCAACGGCGUUGCCUUCUGUGGGACCCUCACCGGUCAACUCUUUUUCGGGUGGCUUGGUGAUAAGCUCGGGAGGAAGAAAGUUUACGGUAUGACGCUGAUGAUCAUGAUCCUUUGCUCUGUAGCCUCUGGUCUCUCUUUCGGACACAAGCCAAAAUCCGUGAUGGCCACGCUAUGUUUCUUUAGGUUUUGGCUUGGGUUUGGGAUUGGGGGUGACUAUCCUUUGUCCGCUACGAUCAUGUCUGAAUACGCUAACAAGAAGACUCGCGGUGCGUUUAUCGCUGCGGUUUUCGCCAUGCAAGGGUUUGGGAUUAUGGCUGGUGGCAUUUUCGCUAUUAUUAUUUCAGCUGUUUUUGAAGCUAAGUUCCCUGCUCCUACCUAUGCGGAAGAUGCCUUGCGAUCCACGGUACCACAAGCAGAUUUUGUAUGGCGUAUAAUCCUGAUGUUUGGUGCUCUUCCUGCGGCAAUGACGUUUUACUCUAGGUCAAAGAUGCCUGAAACCGCGAGAUACACAGCUUUGGUUGCUAAAGACGCAAAGCAAGCUGCUUCAGAUAUGGCUAGGGUUUUGCAAGUGGAGAUAGAGGCGGAGCAGGGGAUAGUGGAAUAUAUCUCAAAUGAUAAGUCUAAAUCAUAUUCCUUAUUCUCCAAGGAAUUCAUGAAACGUCAUGGACUUCAUUUGCUGGGGACUACAUCAACAUGGUUCCUUCUCGACAUCGCUUUCUACAGUUCAAACCUUUUCCAGAAAGAUAUUUUCAGUGCAAUUGGCUGGAUACCUCCUGCUCAAACCAUGAGCGCGAUUCAAGAAGUUUUCAAGAUCGCACGAGCGCAAACACUCAUUGCCUUGUGUAGCACGAUGCCUGGUUACUGGUUCACAGUUGCUUUCAUCGACGUCAUUGGAAGAUUUGCUAUACAGCUGAUGGGAUUCUUCUUCAUGACGGUCUUUAUGUUUGCUCUAGCUAUUCCUUACGACCACUGGACUCACAAGGAGAACCGAAUUGGAUUCGUAGUCAUGUACUCGUUAACAUUCUUUUUUGCCAACUUUGGACCUAAUGUUACAACCUUUGUUGUACCUGCUGAGAUCUUUCCGGCUAGGUUCAGAUCCACAUGCCAUGGUAUAUCUGCAGCAUCAGGGAAAUUGGGUGCAAUCGUUGGUGCUUUUGGGUUCUUGUACUUGGCUCAAAGUCCAGACAAGAACAAGACAAGUGCAGGAUAUCCUCCAGGGAUUGGUGUCAAGAACUCGCUUAUCAUGUUAGGUGUGGUUAGCUUUUUGGGUAUUCUCUUCACUUUGUUGGUGCCUGAAGCUAAAGGUAAGUCGCUUGAAGAAAUAUCUGGUGAAAAUGGAGACAAUCAUGAGAACACCAACAAUGGGAAUAGAACGGUCCCAAUUGUUUAGGUGAUAAUACACCUUUUGUUAUUCUUAUUUUUUUUCUUUUCUCAAGUUUUUUUGUGUGCGCGCGGGUGAUCUAUUGACGUUUAAAUAAAGUGUUACAGAAAACCAAAACAUUCACGAAUCGGUUUAAGCUCGAUUUCUAAAUUGGACAAGAGCUGAUCUUAUCCUUUUCACUGUUUAUUUGGGCUUAACAUAUAUUGGAUUAUUUUUCCUCCCCGAGUUCUGUUUGUAAACUAGCC